AUGAUGCGGAGACCAAUAAACCAACUCGUCGCUCAAGGAAUCAUGCCUUCUCUGAAAACGCCGCCAGCUUUUCACGAGCAACGUCAAAAGCUGGAACGAGCUAAAAUGGGGGAUUUGUUGAAAGCCAAAAUUCAACAAAGACCGGAUCGUGAAGAAUUGGUUCGUCAACACAUUCUCGAGGCCGAUGUUGGACACGUAGAUCCAUCUCUCGCCGAAAGACAAAGAAUGUUGAAGAAAGCGCGUUUGGCCGAUAGUCUGAAUGAUCAAUUGUGUCAUCGACCUGGUCCCUUGGAGCUCAUUAAAAAGAAUAUCCUCCAUACGGAAGAGCCCAUAGAAAGGGCAGUUAAAGAGGGCGCUAUUCCUUUUAAAGCAACAAGCGAAGGACAGUUGAGAAAACCUCAACACCCUGAUCAUUAUAUCACUUUCGAAGACGAUUCGCAAAGUUCCGAGGGUGCCGGAAGUCCGACAAACACUCCCACCACUUUUUCGAAUAACGCUCUUCCGGCACUCGAUACCGUAGCAAAUAGUAGUAGUAGUAGCAGUAGUAGUAGUAGUAAUACACCUCAAACGAGCAAAACGAAAGAAUCCAGGCCGAGAGAUGUGCUUGAAACGGCUGCUGCGAGUGCUGGAAUCAUGAACAUGGCAGUUACUAUUCCUACAAACGCUGUUGUCGUGACUUCCCCGAUCCUUCAGCAAAUACCGAAUGAUAAAAAUCAAAGUUUGCAAACUUUUGCCGAAUUAUGCUCCAGCGUAGUAUCACCCUUAUCAUUGGGGUCAAGCACGUCGAGCCUGAGUCCGUUGUCUUCAAUCGCUUCUCCUCCCACUCCACUAACACCCAGGCCUGCUUCAUUAUCUUCUCCAGCUCCGGGAAAGGCGGAUAAAAAUAGGAAAAAAUCUAAAACGAAAACUCAGCCUAAAGCGAGAACUAUAAAAUUUCACGAAUACAAGGGUCCUCCAAAUGCUCAAAAAAACACGUCAGUAAAUUCUUCAUCGACGGAAACGUCUUACGAGUUGCUUUUGCAACAGCAACAAUUAUUUUUACAAUGGCAGUUGGAAUGGCAGCAUAAAUAUCCGCAGAUCAUACUUCCGGCCGCUCAAAAACCUUCGACGGAAAGUGUGGGAAAUUUGCAAGGUACCAUAUCGAAUAUCACAAACGUGGCAAGUAAUUCGGGAACCACGUUUUUGGUGACGCAAUCGUCAAGAUCUGCAACUCCCGUUGUUCAACCGUCAACGCCUCAGUCUAGACCACCUUCCAGUCCUCCGCAAUCCGAUUCGCAGACUUCGAAUCAGAAUUCUUCUUCCAGUGUCGCUUCAUCUCCGAUUUCGACUAGCAGGGUUUUAACAAAACUGGAAGACAUGAAAGUUAGCGAUUUAAAGUUGGAAUUGAAAAAACGAAAUUUACCCGUAUCAGGACCCAAACCUCAACUCAUAGAACGUUUAAAACCGUUCACCCAAUCUGGCAAUGGGGAAAAUAAUAAUAAUCAAAAUGCGGAUGGUAAUGGUUCUAUGCUUACCUCUACUUCUUCUGGAGGUAGAACAGUUUCUUUAUCUAGCGGUGAUAAUCCAGGAUCAGUAAUAAGCGAAAUGGAUGUGGCCGUGUCACCGUGCGAGCAAGAAGAUGAAGAAAAUAAUUUUUCGCCUGGAGCAAAAACGUGUACUCCCCCUCCCGCUUCACCCACACCCAGUGCCAUGGACACGAGUGAACAGAGUCCUCCAGCUUCACCCAAUAAUGGUGAUAUAAUUAUCCAGCAGCAGCAGAAAAAAAUAGAAGAGUUGCAAAGAGAAUUACAGAAAUCUCAGCAGCAACUUCAACAAAUACGUCAAAAUAAAGAAGCAUCGAAUUUAACCAAGGUGACAAACAAUUCGACGUCUACGACAACGACUGCAAUUACCUCGCCUAUUCCCGUAAAAGCAUUAUUACAAAAUGGAAUAAUUCACAUAGAUCCCAAAUCUCAACAAAAGCUCAUAUUACAACAGCAUUUGCAAAAUAAAAUACAACAACAACAGUUACAAAUACAAUUACAACAGCAGCAAAACAAUCAACAACUCAGCGAAACGGUUAAUGCAAAAGCCAGUUUAGCGGCCUUUAUAAAUCAACAGCAGGCCCAAAAUCAGAUAAACAAUCUUUUGCAAACAGCCAAUAAUAAUAAUAAUAAUAAUAAUAACAACAACAACAAUAAUACUGGUAGGAGAAGUAUUGUUUUAGGUCAGCAACAAGCUGCCAUUGUUUUGAAUCAUUUGAAUUUGGUCAAACAAAAAAAUGGGAUUCUAGGUCAUCAAAGAACUUCUUCUUUGCCCACGUUUCUCGGUACCUUAGUGCAAAAUACCAUUAUACCAGAUGAAAAACAGUCUUCAACAGCAAAUAAAUUUUCUCAACAACAAAAAGUGAAAAAUCAAGUUUUACAGCCCAGGCGGGCAGGCUCAGAGGAACAACAAACAUUUAUAGUUACUAGCAAACCUCCCCCACCUCAGUAUGAGGAAGCUACGAAAUCUCUUCAGCAAGACAUUGAAGAUAAGAAGUCAAAAAGUGUAAAAAGUCAAAUCGUUGACGAUGUUUUAGAGAUACUUAUAAAAAAUGGAGAAUUGCCUCCGAGCGCUGCCAACGAUCCGGCGACUCCGACAACUCCAAACUGUUCCGGAUCCUACGAUCCUGAAACGGAACAACUAAUAUAUACUUCGGCUCCGCCGCCUCCGCCUCCGCCUCCUCCUUUGCCCCAUCCCAGUUUUUCUGUCACUCUUCCAACGUCUAUCACGUUGACAUCUCAAACUCAACCUCCGGCUCAAUUCAACCUUCCGAACACAACCUUUUCAAGCAGCACUCCGUUCACGUUGACGACGCAGAGUGUGAAUCCUCCCACGUACACGCUCACUCAAGCCUACGUACCGAAUUCGUCCGACCGAGAUCCUUCUGCCGGGAGCGACGCCAUGACAAGCAACAUAACAUUCUCAUUAUCAAAUUCUAAUUUUAUUAACGGAGACAAUAAUUCAAAUAAGAAUACAUUCGGUUCCGGAAUAAAUUAUUUGGACAAUAUUGAAUUUAUGUCCGCGGAAACGUCAGAUUUCGAUCUGAACAAUUCGAGUGACCAAAACUUUCAUUCCAAUAGUUUGGAUUAUAUAUUAUCAUCAAAUGAUAAUUUACUAUCAUCGAAUGAUAACAUAUUGCCAACGGAGUACGGAAACGGUGAUAUUAAUUUAAAAGAAUUAGGUUUAAAUUUAGAAACAUUAGAUUCAAUGGAUUUUAGUCAAUUAGAUUGUAAAAUGGACGCAAACGACACGGAAAUGGAAUCGACGGAAACGACGGUUUCCACGUCGUCUUCGUCAUCGCCGACGGCAAACAAAACGGAUCAGCUCAUAAACAACAAUCCGGAUCUCGUCAAAACGGAGCUCAUGGAACCCAUGGACAUGGAUGAUAAUUGGUUGGAUUCUCUCAUGCCCGCUCCGGACAAUCAAUCGUCGUCGAAUCAUUUUGCAAAUUCCCUGUCUUCUUCCACGGUCGGAUGCGAGUUUUUGCAUUGCAACGACAAUUCAUACGAUUCCCUGUUGGGAAACGCUCAGGAUCCAUUUGAAUUGUUCGACAUUCACGAAAACGAUUUCAAGCUGCCAUCGUCUUCCCUGUCGUGGGACAAAGUCGAUUUUGCCACUUAGUUGUUA